CGCGUGCGCGCGCGCGUCUGUCUAGGGGGAGUUAAUGAUUUACCAGAGGCUCAUUUCACAACUUACCAAGGGUCAGCUUCCCUUGGGCAUGUACAAGUUCGGUCCUCUGGGCUCCUCACCCCUUGCCAGCUUCCACCCGGGAGGUCCCCCAGGCAGCCCGCAGCAUGAUCUCCAUCACCGAAUGGCAGAAGAUUGGUGUGGGCACCACCGGCUUCGGCAUCUUCUUCAUCCUCUUUGGAAUGUUCCUGUACUUUGAUUCGGUGCUCCUGGCCUUCGGAAACCUGCUGUUCCUGACUGGCCUCUCCCUCAUCAUCGGCCUGAGGAAGACGUUUUCCUUCUUCUUCCAGAGGCACAAGCUCAAGGGGACCAGCUUCUUCCUGGGGGGCGUGGUCAUCGUGCUCCUGCGCUGGCCCCUCCUGGGCAUGUUCCUGGAAACCUAUGGCUUCUUUAACCUCUUCAAGGGCUUUUUCUCUGUCGCCUUUGACUUCUUGGGCAAUACCUCCAACAUCCCCUUCCUGAGCGUGGACACUUCCGGGACCACGAUGAACUCGCUGGUUUCUUGGCAGUUGACGAUUUUCCUCUGUGCCGUCUCCUUCAGGGAGACAUUAGAAAAGGCGACGCCCAUGGAGAACCCUAGAGCCACAGGCCCGCGGCUCAGACCUCCGGCGCUCCUGGCCUCCGGGGCGCAGAGCCCGCGGUGCGCGGAGAGGAAGCCCGCCGCUGCCGGGCCGAGCCCUCGGGGGGCCUCGCUGUGCCCUCCACCCGAGAGCUCCGCUGGGCCCCAGCUGCCGGGCCUGUGCGCCCCCCGCAGUCGCCUGAUCCCCGCCCCGCGCGGCGCGGUGCUGGUGCAGCGGGAGAAGGACCUGUCCGCCUACAACUGGAACUCCUUCGGUCUACGUUACGGAAGGCGACACACUGCGCCGCCCGGCAGCCGCGGCCAAGGCGCCGGGCGGGGCUGAGCGCGGAGGUGCGGCCUUAGACCUUCCAAAUCGGG